AUGCGUGUCGAUUGUGUGCAGAUGGAUUCGGUGCUCGGGGAAAAAUUGUCCAAGUUUCAGAAGCAGCAAGCAAAAUGCCAGUCGACACUUGCUGGUAUUGUGUCGAAAGCAGGAUAUUCUAAAGGAGCUCCAUCCCCAAGCGGCCCAGCUUCGGCUAAUGCAAAGGCACCUGUCAAAUUUUCGAAUGAUACGGAGCGCCUUCAACACAUAAAUAGCAUAAGGAAGGGUCCUGUUGGGUCGCAGAUCAAACGUGUUAUUGAUUUGCUUUUUGAGACAAGGCAAGUCUUUACCCCUGAACAAAUAAAUGAGAAGACCUAUGUGGAUGUAAAUGCAAACAAAGCUGUCUUCGACAGUUUAAGGAACAAUCCAAAAGUGAGUUAUGACGGGAAGCGGUUCUCUUAUAAGUCAAAACAUGCUUUGAAAGAUAAGAGCCAACUUCUUGUCUUAAUUCGGAAGUUUCCGGAGGGUAUUGCUGUUGUUGAUCUUAAGGAUGCCUACCCGACAGUUGUGGAGGACUUACAGUCCUUGAAAGCCUCCGGACAAAUCUGGCUGCUAUCAAACUUCGACUCACUAGAUGACAUAGCGUACCCGAACGAUCCCAGAGCUGUUAUAAGAGUCGAUGAUGAUCUAAAGCAGUUGUUCCGUGGAAUUGAACUUCCACGGGACAUGCUGGACGUUGAAAGAGAUUUACAGAAGAAUGGGAUGAAACCCGCCACAAACACUGCCAAGAGGCGGGCAGCUGCCCAAGUUCACGGAGUUGCUCCCAAGCCCAAGACCAAGAAGAAGAAGGAAAUCAGCAAGAGGACCAAACUCACGAAUUCUCAUCUUCCGGAGCUUUUUCGAAACCUGAACUCCUCAGGUUCAUGA